AUGAACAAGCUUCUUCUCAUGCUAUGGAGCUGGAUUCUGCAGUCCGCCUUUUUAAUUCCGUUACUAUUACUAUGUGGAUCAAAGAAAGUAAGACCAAUCUUCAACUUUUUAAGAAUGUAAAAGAUUAAUUGUUAUUUUUUUGUUAAAGAUAAUGAAACUUUCAGAAGUCGCCAGCACCUGCAGCCAAAGACAAAGAGAAGGAUAAGGGUAAGCCAAGCCCAAACAAAGGCGCCAAGGGCAAGACUCCAGAAAAGGAUAAGGCAGAAAGUAAGAAAGGCAAGAAGUCGGAUAAGCCAAAGACUCCGGAGAAGAAGGAAGAGAAGAAGGAAAGCAAGAAGGAAGAGAAGAAGGAGAGUAAGAAAGAGAGCAAGAAGGAGAGUAAGAAGGAAAGCAAGAAGGAGGAGAAGGAAGAUAAGAAAGAUGAUAAGAAAGAAGGCAAGAAAGAUGCCAAAAAGGGCGAUAAGGACAAGGAGGAUGUGAGUUCAGCUGACCGCGUUUUUAACUUUUAAGAGUUUUUGAGUUUUAAAUUUUGUAAAAUUAAAGCAUUUUUAUAUCAAGUUGAUAAAAAUUUUAAAAAAUCUACCGAUUUUUUAAAAAUUUAUAUUGUAAACCGAAUUGAGAAGCCUAAAUCUGCUGUUCAUACCAUUAAACCUGCGUUGAAGACGGAGAAGCCGGCUGCCAACAACCUAGUCAGUAAUCCGAUUGUCAGUAAUGUCACUGAACUGGUAAGUCUACUUUCAAAACGUUUAUGACUUUUUCAAUUAUUUUUUGAAAAUUUUUGCUUGUUUUUCAACUUUUUAAUUUUAAAAAUGCAUGUGUUUUUUUCAAUUUUUGAAUUUCUCCUUACAGUACCCCACGGUGAUGAAACCAGUGGAAGACCUGCCCGUGGAGAAGACUCAGAACUCGAAUUCGGAGAAGGAGAAGAAGUAG